AUGAGAGGCCAAAACCGAACACUAGAUACCCUCCCCGUGGAAUUGAUUCAACGGGUCGCCGGAUUGCUGCCAUGUUCUUCGGCCCUGAACCUGAUUUGCGUCAAUCACAAAUUGCGCGAGGUCUGCAACGACCGCCACGUAUUCAAGCACAUCGCGCAAACGCUGCAUUUCGAUUCGUCCUAUAGUGGGGAGCUCCACCAUCGUAUCUCGCAGAAAUCCUAUCUAGACCAUUUUACCCGGAAGUGGGAUUCUGACGCUUUCUUCCGAGGAAAAUCGUUACUUGAGACCAAAGAGGUUGCGCUCGCGGUUGAAAAGGCCCAUGGCUGGCUUACCAAACCGACUAAACCAAAUAACGACCCUAAUUAUGAUCACGUUACGGACGAGGACAGAGAAAUCUGCCGCUGGCUGCCUCAACUCAUCGCCCUCCACCAUCCGUCUGCACUUCACGCGGAUCCCAGUGUGAUUUGGAAUUUCAUAGCAGUGUACCUUGCCGGUAUUUAUCAAACGAGAUACGAUGAUCUCGCUUUUUCCUUCCUUGCUGCAUUGUUAGAGCAAUUAGUACCGCUAGGUGCAGAAAACCUUGGCCAGAUGACGUGCCACGAGGAAGCCGUCGUGCGAGCCAUGAAGGAGUUUACCGAUGUGGCUGUACGCGGCGACUUUGGGUCUGGCCAUGCGAUAGUCGAUACAAUGAACCAUUACUCUUACGGACUCUCCCCGGUCAUAAUGGUCCGUGUCAUCGCACGGUUAGCGCCCAAGGCGAAACCUAAGACCAAGCCCAAAAGGGAGUCCAUGUACCCGGUCAAGCUGCCGCUACCAUCAAAGAUACCUUUCCAGUCGUUCUUCAAAAGCAUACCUCGAGUAUUGCAAGACCGCCAAACUACCGACGGCCCAUUCCCGCACUUCGACGCCGGCGCCAUGCUGACAUCAGGGUUUAUGUGCUCCGGCGAAUGGGUAGGAUACCACAGCUGGAACAUCAAUGAUUACAAAAUCGAUAUACCAAUGCAAUCCAUCUAUUUCGAAGAGCACAGAAACCACGACGGAGACACUCUUCUGCGGAGCACGUCGGGAUACGACACUUAUGGGAGGUUUGAGCUGCUGGGCACUCUCACCCAACACUUCAAACCCCAGUACGCUCCCUCGGAAGGACAUACAGCUGGGCGUGCGAUGCUCCAGAUGACGAAAAGUUACCAGGCUCCGUCCACGGAGCCGUACAAGUCUGUGCCCGCGCAGCCGUUUCAGUGGGGGGGUUGGGUCACGCCGUUUGGGAUUGUAGGCACGUGGGGCCAUCCACGCCCGAAUCUGUGCAUGGGGGACUUUUGGCUCUGGAAGAGGGAGUGGUGCUAUGAGCCGGAAUCUGCUUUUGAUCAAUUGAUUUACACCAAGUCUUAGGUCUACAUGACCACUUCAAACACUGGCUGGAGGCGCACAGGGAGGGGCACUACUUUCUACUCUAAUUGUUUCGCUGAUUGACCUCACCAACAGUACCUGAUAUUUACGCGACAAAGUCCUCUCGCGGUAUCAAUGAUAGAAUCAGAAAUCCUGGAUGGUAAUAGCUACCCUCAACAGAUUCUCAAAUUCAAACUCUUAUGCAAUUGUAUGGAGCAAAUCGCAACAAGCUACAAGCUAAGCUAAGAGACACGCCAUGGCGCAAGAGGAACAAGCAGGCUGUACGCUGUAUUAGUAUCAGUCAAACCCGCAUGAGACGGGGCCUAGUUAUCAUUUCAGCAGCAAGGGCAUACGCCUAUAAGAAAGUCCUCAAGCUCAACGUUCUUGAUUCAGAUCAACGAGUUACCUCGUUGCUAGCUCCGCCAAUAAAGGCCC